AUGCAUAUUGAGAAAAACUUCUUCGAUAACCUGACGAACACAGUGUUAAAUGCUCCUGGAAAGACGAAAGACAACAUCAAAAGCAUAUUGGAUCUUCCAGGACUUUGCAAAAGGCGGGAUUUAGAGAUGAAAGAGGAUGGAACGAUGCCUGUGCCAAUAUUCAGGCUGUCAAAUGCGGGAAAACGAGCAUUUCUUCUGUGGUUGAAAAAUGACAUAAAAUUUCCCGAUGGAUACUCCUCCAAAUUUAGUCGAUGUAUUGACGAAAGCAAUUUAAAGCUACAUGGACUGAAAAGUCAUGAUUGUCAUGUCAUAAUGGAACGACUAUAUCCAUUUGCGUUCGCUGAACUCCUUCCGAAAAAUGUUCACACAGCGAUUAGAGAUAUUGCUCUCUUUUUCCGAGAUAUCUCUUCGAAAAUUUUGAAAGAGUUAGAUGUUGGCCUUUUAAAGGCAAAUAUCGCUGUGAAGCUUUGUAACUUGGAAAAGAUAUUUCCUCCAUCAUUCUUCGAUGUUAUGCAACAUCUUCUUGUGCACCUUCCAGAUGAGGUAGCUUUAGGUGGUCCCGUCCAUUUUAGGUGGAUGUAUGUAUUUGAAAGAUACAUGUACCAUUUGAAGAAGAUGGUCAAAAACAAAGCACACAUUGCAGGUUCGAUAGUUGCACAAUGGAUAAACGAGGAGAUUUCAAAUGCUUCCUCUACUUUUUUUGGGCAUCCUGAAAUCAUGAGCAUUCCAGAAGGUCCAAGUGAUAUCCGUUUCUCAUACAAUUAUCCGGAUGUACCACCCUUGUUUUACCAUGAAGGGAGAAUCAGUGGUCAAUGCUCAACUGGUUGGUUGAAUGAUGAAGAUAACACCGUUCUUCAGACAUUUAUGAUGCUCAACUCUGAAACAUUUGCUCCAUAUGAAAGGAUGUUUGAAGAAUAUAUGACUCUAAGUGUUCCUGAUAUUACUCCGGCUGCAAUGCAAAAAGCGAAAGACACCAAAUUUGCUGAGUGGUGCAAAGACUAUAUUAAUGAUGCAACUCAGUUUUACACAUUUCCUCUGUGGAUGUUGGAUUUUGUACAAGGUCCUAGGCGUAGUUAUAGGUCUUGGCCAAUAUACCACACACGUGGAUACACUUUCCACACUCAUAACCACGGUCAAAAUAAAAAACUCAACAUUAUGGUGUGUGUGUACCUGGAACCAAUGAGACAGACUACUAUGGCCUCAUUCAAGAGAUCAUGAUGGUGGAGUAUCAUGGUGAUGUUGGCUUGAAAGUCAUGGUUUUUAAAUGUUCGUGGUUUGACACGACGGAAAAUCGCGGUAUGAGAAUACAUCCAUUUGGUCUUGUUGAUGUCUCACCACGGAGACAAUAUGCAAAAUAUGAUCCUUUUGUAUUACCAGGUAACUGUGAUCAAGCAUGUUUUAUUCCUUAUCAACGGGUACGUCGACAAUCAGUCGAUGACUGGUGGGCAUGUGCAAAGAUUUUUCCUCGAGGAAUACGAGAAACAUCAGAAAUUGCUUUAACGGCAUGGCAAGAUGAUAGACGUGAUCAAGUUGCUGAAAGUUCAUUGUUACGGGUUGAAACACAUGUUGUUGAUGAUGUGUCCGAUUAUGAUAUUGCUCCGGUGAAUCCUCCGAACGAUGAAUAUGUAUCAGAUGGUGAUGUAGAAGCACACCAUGAUUCAGAUGAUGAUUCGGAAUAGAAAAAUAUAUUCCAAGAUUGUAAAAUAUGUGUUAAAAGGUUGAAUGUGUUAAAAAAAAUAUAUUGUAUGAUGAAAAUAAGUUGUAAGGUUGUAAAAUAAAUGGCAAGUUUGUAAAAUAUAUGGUUUUAUAAAAUAUUGUAAGGUUAUAAAAUAUAUUGUGAGA